AUGUUCGUUCGGCUGGGUGUUUACAUGGUGGCUGCCUAUGACGACGAGGUGGACGGCUACCGUUGCGGACACAGCAGUGGUGGUUUUGAGACCGCGGCGGUGUCGGAUGCAACCUGGGCAGUGUGGGAGAUCGGUGACUUCACCCUUACUGCCUUUCUUGUGCUGGAUGUUCUCGUGCGAGGAGCGAUGUUGCGAUGCAAGUCCUGGAAGGUGCCAAUGAACUACAUUGGCGUUGUCGUGUUUGGGAUCUCACGCUUGGAGAUAGUUCUGUUCCAUGUCACGCGUGCCAUUCUGGCAGCGAAUCCGAGUCUUUUCCAACUGUUGUGCAUCGAGAAACUGGCUAGAGCAAGUCGUAUGGUUACCAUGAAGAGCGGGAUGACUUCCUUGCAUCUGCUCAUACGCUGCCUGGGCGCCAGCACGAACAUCUUCUUGACACUGGUUUUUUGCUGGAUCGCCUGCUUUCAAUGCGUUUCGGACAUGGUUGCUAGCACAUUUUGCCGGGACUUCAUCAACAAGGAAAGCCAGUCGCUGCAAGUGUGUGUUAUUGAAGCCUCUGCAGAGAUCGAGGCUGCGGAGGUGGAGCAUUUCGAGGCCUUGGGCAUCCAAGCGAGCCGUGCAUGGUCCACAUGCAUGGAGCAGCUCUUUGCAAGGCAGCAGGUGUCAGACGCAGAGGCUGCAGUUCGGGAAGAGGUGCGGAAGGUGAAGUGUCGUCUGGAGAAGAUGCGAGAGCUAGCGAAGGCUGCUGCGGCAGGGGCUGAGGGAGCCGCAGAGCGAAAAGUGGAAGCGAGCCGCAUCUGCCGCACAGAAGCCUCAGUGGAGCGGACUUUGGAGUGCUCGACGCACUGCGCGGAGCUGGCGGCUCCUGCCGAGCGAGCCGUGGCCCAGCAGGUGGAGGCCUUUGCUGCCCUCUGCGAGCAGCGAGCCGAAGAAGGCAGCAGAGGAAGGGGCCAUGGCCGAGAAAGUUUGGAUCUUCGGGGAGGUUCCGGCUCUUGGAGAAGGAGCGGAAGCUCAUCCAAAACGAGAUCCACCGAGCCCAACGACGAACGAUCGAGGUUGAGAGCGCCAUAA